GAAGACAACAAAAUAAUUUCACAGGGGUGGGAAGCACAGACUCAAGUCAGGAAAUGAAAGAUAGUGAAACAGAAAGUGCUGACUCAACUCAUGUUCUGUGGUCUGAAACAUCAGAAAGAGAUGACAGAGAUUCACAAUCAUCAUCAUCAUCUGAAAUCAGUGUAAAAACUACAGCACUAAAAAAAAAAUUCAUGUUCCCUUAUACAAAGAAAAUAGACAAAAAUAUUGAAGAAAAGCAAAGAGAGUCUAAAAGUCACCUGCAAUCAUCAGUAGUAUCAGGAAGGUCAGGACUUCAAGAUGGUCCUACACAUCAAAUAAAAUCAGUUCAGAGCAGUUAUAGAAUAUCAGAACCAGUCAGCAACAAAUCAAAUAGUACAGACAAUUUCUAUCCUAUAUCAUCAUCCAAGAGAAACAGACCUGUCAGUGCUCUACUAGGUCAGCCAAGAUGUUUAGCGUUUCCUUGCUCAAAAUUUCAUUUGGCCCAGAAGACCUCCGAAGUGUUCCACCAUUUUAAACGGCAGCCUUGGGUACUCAGAGUAACGGCUUUUAAGAAUGGCACAUUAAGUGUAUUUGCUAAAAUUGCAGUGGCACCUUCCAUUAAACUGCUGCUGGAGGAGUGUACGGAAAAGCUGAAGCUGAAUAUGGCUGCACGACGAGUCUUCUUGGCAGACGGCACUGAAGCACUGGAUGCUGCAGACAUACCCCAUGAUGCUGACAUUUAUAUUUCAACAGGAGAGCCCUUUUCAAAUCCAUUCAAAAAAAUUAAAGACCAUCUGUUGUUAAUGAAGAAUACAACUUGGACUCUGAACGGUCUAGUUCUUCCUAGAGAUGUCAAGAGAAGAAAAGUCAAGCCUGUGCUUUUCAAACACAUGAAGAAACUUGCUGUGAAGUCAAGUAUCAGAAUUUUGGUAUUUAAGAACUGUAUGGGUCAGGAUGGUUAUGAGAUAACAACACCCUUGGACCAUAUAGAAAAGUUUUUAGAUAUGUGCACCAUGAGACUGAACCUUACUUUGCCUGCUAAGAAUGUGUACAAUAUGCAUGGGGGAAAAAUUGAUGAUCUCAUGAAUGUUUCUUUGCUUGACAAAUGCCUGCAAAAUUCCAUCACACCUUUGCAUGGACCUCUUUGGGUUUCUAAGGGAGAAGGUUUCAGCCCCUUUGGAGCAAAGAUGUAUAUUCAAGGAGUACUGUCGGCCUUGCACCAAAGAUUAAAGUCUGCAAAAAAUUACUGCGAACAGCUGGAUUUUGCUGUUGAUGACCAGAAAGAGAAAAUCACAAUCAAAAGCAUUCUGUCACUGAGGAAAGAAGAAUUGUGUAUAGAACAAUAUAAAGCGGACACACUGAUUGAUGAAUUGCAGACAGCUAUCAAGAGCUACAAAGGACACCUCUCUAUACUUGCUCCUCAGUUACAGGCUGAACAGGAGCAAUGUACUACUUAUGUUUACAAACAUAUUAAAGAAUUUUCUGCAAACAAAGUUCCUUCACAAGGUCUGCAGCUAAAGGUGUAUGAAAAUGGCAAAGACACUGGAGAGACUCUUAUUUAUAUCCAUAAAAAAGAGAUGGAAAGUAAUUGUGAUAAUCAACUCAAUGCUGUAAUGGAAAGAUUACUGAAUGUGAUUCACCAAAGGCUUCAACAUUCAGCCAAUUUCAAACCAUCAGGCCUCAGUCGUUUUCCUACUCGGCUUUUUGAUGAGACUGGACAAGAAAUUAAAAACCCACUUUUAUUGCAGAGUGAGCAAAAAAUUUGGGUUUCUUAUGGCGAAGAUUACAGGUCUCCUUUAAACCUCGUUCUGAGUUUGACUUUUGACAGAGUGGCUACAGCUGAAAAAGAUGGCAUCACAAUUAUUUAUAAGACACUUUUGGAUCCCGCUGUUGAUCUACUGACUGGAUGUGACAACUGGGAAAUUUGUGUAGGAAUUCCAGACAACAUGCACUUCACAAACUGCCUAGAAAAUCAUAGCGUGGAAGCUGUGGAUCCAAACAACCAUUUUAUGCGAUACAAGCAUAUUAGCACCAAGUUUGAGUCAUUUGCAAAGAAUCUUUUAGAAGAACCUGAUCCAUACAAAAAUGAUCCCCAGAUGGUUCUUCUUGUGUCAGUUACUGUGGAAAACAUGAGGAAAACCUUUCAUAGAAGAAAACACCAUAGUAAUCUAAUGUCUGCUUCAGCUAAGUGGCCUCUAUCCAAUAUAUGGCUGAUCACAAAGGCUGGAAUGAUUCUAAAUCGAGCUAUACUACAAAGCAGCCUGGCUGUUGGUCAUCCAAUCAGAGCUGUGAUGCAGGACGGCAUUUCUCUUGAAGGCUAUAAAGUAAACCUACAGAAAAGAGAUAAGAGCAAUAUAUCUCAAUACUGGGAAUUUGGAAAUGAUGGCUGUAUCUAUUCGAAGUCUUACCCUGAGUUUGUAUUGACCUACCUAGAGGAGCUAAAUGUAAGAGAGGAGGUGACCCAGAUGGAAUGCCAUACGCACCAUGGGGCCCAGUCUGCAGUUCAUCUAGAGACAGACAUCAGCUCAAAAGGAGAGGUUCUACCAAAAAAUGUCAGCAAUUGCAAUGAGAAACAACUUUCAAAACCUUUGGACACCCAUUUAAUGCCUGCAGGCCCCUCAGGGGAGAACGAGCAGCUGACAGUGGCACUGGUGAGGAAGCUGGAAGAGAAACAUCCUAAGGCUUCUGCUCAAAGAUGGGCCAUUAAGCAUGAAGGGACAAGUAAGCCUGGUCAGUGGAAACAAUCAAAAGUGGACAAUCCUUUAUGGAAUAAAUUGACAUAUAUGUGGCCUGUGCUUCCAAAUGGAGAACUUAAUGAGGCUUUUGACUGGCCCCUUGAAGGGAUGCUUAUUCCAAACAGCCCUCCUUUAAAGAAACCUACAUACAAGCAGUCAGACAACUAUAUGCCUUUGAGACUGAGAGUGUUAAGAAACGGAGGACAAGACAAAAGCAGGACUAUCAGUAUUCUUAGACCUGAUUCUGCAACUGUGGUGAAAAAACAAUGCACCAUGAUACUGAAUUUGCCCUUUGCAGCUAGAAGGCUAUUUACUGAGAAAGGAGUAGAAAUCUUUUUCUUGAGAGACUUGGAGAGAGAUCAGCUGGUUUAUGUAACAUGUGGAGAACAGUGGAUUGAUCCACAUUUCACCAUGGCCCAGGAUAAAAAACGCCUCCAGCUUAAUAAUUUAAUGUCUGAUGUAACUGCUAUUCGUUCUUACUGUGUCAUGCGUAACCCAAAAAAUCUUGCAUUAGAGGCAAAGAAUCAUAUUGUUGUUGGAGCCAAGCUUUCUGUUGAAAGAAGUACAGUGGAUUUUGAAGAGGAAAAGGUUUUUGAUAAGUUGGAGGAAAAACAAACUGAAGAAAACACUAAAAAUAUGGAAGACAAAACAGAUGAAUGUUUGAAUUCACAUGCAAAAUCCCAUCUUAAAACUGAUCAAUAUUGUACAGUUACUAAGUAUAAAUGGCAGCAGAAAUCCUACACUUUUGAGGAAAACAGCAGCUUCCAGAAGAAGAAAGAUGAACAGAUCCAUGAAACUGCAGAAUUAUAUCAGACAUACAGGGACCAACCUAAACUGACUAAAGAAUUUCAGAAAACCCUUUAUCAACAGUUCAAAUUUAGAAAUGGGAAAAUUAUCAGCUGUAGCUCUCCAAAUCUUGUUUUGGGUGUGGAGAAUUCUGACCUGCAUUCUGGUACUGAAGUGGUUUUGUUGGAACAGAAACGUGAAGACAUCAAUCAAUACUGGAUAUGGAGAGAUGAUAACAGGACAUUUCAUUUAAUGACUGACCCCAAUCUAGUGUUAGCAGUAUCAAUGCCCAGUAUUUUGAAAGGUGAUCCAAAAUAUCAAUUGAAAAUACAAGGAUGUGCUGUUAUUGUUCAGACAUACAAAGAAUGUGUAAAUGGUGCUGCCAAUCAAAAGUGGAACUACAUGGAAACAGCAAAGGUUUUUAAAGCUUUUUAUAGUUCAAUAUUGGACCAAGAAAUCACAGCAGCAAAUUAUGCUUCUAUUUGUACAUUCUGUGUGACCAACACAGAGAAAGUAGACCAACCUGGCUACUAUUUUCUUUCACCGGAUAGAAAGAAAAAAGUAAUGAUAUGCUUGGCUUGUGCAAAAGUCGAAAGAGGAAAGGAAGAACUGAGAAAACUGUCCCCUGGUACUAAGUUCUUCUGUUCAUCUGGUGCUGAGGAAGCAGAUAGUUUUGUAACAUCGCCCUUUAAAUGUCUUAGUGUUAAGAAGACUAAUUUAUCCACAUGUGAUGCUGAAGCUACCAUGCAUUAUUUAGAAGAACUUCUAGCAUCUUUGAGGAUAGAAAUCACCUCACAAACAAUCUCAGAAAAGAUGUCUUCAGCUGUGAACCAGAAAACGGUGAAAAUAAUUGCAUACAGAAAUGGAGCAGGUUACCAAAAUGGGCAGUUAAUCAUUGCUAGUACAUUCCCUAUGCUGCUGUCUUUAUGCACAAAACGGCUGGAACUCAACAGGACAUCUUGUAGGCUGUAUACAAGUGAAGGGGUAUUAAUUCCUACUCUACAAGAUUUAAUCUUGUGGGCUGUAAGUGAUUUUUUCAGGAAACAGAAAUCCAAACAAGGAGAAGAAGGAGCCAUUUCUGUUCCUGGUCCUGAAGGAAAUGUACCUGCAUUGCUUGUAAAAGAUAAGCCAGCAGAUGAAAUGAACAUCAAGUGUGCAUCGUCAGUGAUGACUCCAGAUAGUUUGAUUGAUGAUAAUUUGCUCACCAUCAUUCUUAGAAAUCCUGUUGAAGUCUGGGUUUCCAGUGGAGAACCUUUUCUACCUUUGGAUAAUACUUUGCAAAAUGCAGAAAGGCAAGAACGACAAAACUGGUUGGAAAAAGAUAAAAUUAUGGCAGACUUAGAGGCAAUGAAACACAAAAUGAGACAACUACAAGGGCGGCGCAUAGCAAAAUUUCAUCCAGCUAGUAUGGUGCCUACUAAAAGCCCCCUACAACCUGUGGCAAUAGAAGGAGGCUGGACUGAAGAAACCCAAGAAGAGAUGAAACUCAUGGAAAGCAUCCUACAUACAGAGAUGCACCUUUCAGAGAUUCAAGCAUUCCACUUCAAAAGAAGUUCACCCUUUUCUUCUAAACGACUUGUAAAAAGUCGUAGAAGUCUCUACAGUCAGCCUACAACCAAAAGAGUCUGGGUUUAUACGAAUGGAAAUAAACCUGAGCAAGGAGUUCGUGCCUGGGGAAAAACAUUGGCAGAGCUUCUGGAUAACUGUACUACUCAGCUAAAAAUGCCUCAGCCUGCAAAAGGAUUGUACACACCUGAUGGUGACCAACUGCAGUCAUGGGAUAAAAUAGAAAGAGACAUGGUUCUUUGUGUUUCCACAGGACAGCCCUUUAUGAGCAGAAAAGCCGUAAUGCAUGAUGUGGAAGUCAGAGCUCUUUAUACCAGAAUCCGAAAGCAGCAAGGUCCAGAAGCAACUGACAUUAUUGUCUCACCAUUCAAAAAAAAUAUAGGACAGAAAGAAGAACAUUCUUUAGCCAUCAGUGAAUAUUUCCAGAAAAAUGAAAAGCCACCAUCAUCUCAAAAUUAACUGCUACUAUGUCAGCUGGAUAGAUUUUGCAGACAUUUUAUCAGCGCAUCCACUCUAGUGAAAGUAAAAUUUUCUCCAAGAGUUAUCACGUUGGGUUGACUUCCUUUUAAUAGCUUUACACUGUAUUUUUGUGAAAGUUUGGUUUCUGGGUAAUACUUUUGAUUGUACUGGAAAUGCUAGCUAAGGGUGAAGCAUUACUAUGCUGAAAAAAAAAGAAUAAGUGAGAUUGCAUUCUCCAUGUUGGUUUGCAAGCUACAUGAACUAGAUGUACAAUUAAAUUACCAUGCCAAGGGAAGAGCUAUAUAAUGCUAAAUGGUUUUUGGUGCCCCUUAAAUUAUAUAUUAUAGUUUAAAUUAGAAACACUGCUAUGUAUUUUGAGUUUCAUUACAGUAUGGAUCUUAGAAAAUAAUUAAUAAAUAUCCUCCUGGUUAGAAUUUUGUUUUAACUUA